CCAACCGAAUUUGAGAUGCGCCAGAGGAACGCUCAGUUCGCGAACAGAGCGCGGGCUGGCAAGAACCCCGUAAAACAGUCUCGUCAGGAGAGGCUCGCGAAGCGGAGUCCAAUCAGCUUGUGGGCACUCGGCGCUAUUGUUUUUGUUGUCAUGGGCGGUGUUAUCUUUGAGCUGCUGAGGCUCAUCUUCUUAUAA